AUGGCGGAUAGCGGUCCUGGGGCGCCAGGAGCGGGUCUCGGCGUCGCCUGGGGGCAUGAGGCGAGGGCAUGGCACCAUGAGCUGGUGUGCGGCCACGAGGAACACCUCUCCCGCGAGCCCGCUCGGGCGCCUUCGAGCAAGAUGAAACCGCUGCGAUCUCAAGUUAGCUUUAGUAAGGAUAGGAACUUCACGUUUCGUCGCAAAACCGACAGUUUCAAAGAGAAGAAAGAUGAAGACAGCGAUAAGGAGAAGGAAAAGGAGAAAGAGAAGGAGAAGAGUAAAGGCAAAGACAAGGAGAAAAAGGGAGACGGCCACCAGAUAACGUCUGCCAUCGCCUCGUCGCUCGCCGCAACGCUGUCGCCAUUCUCAUCGUUUGUCACUUCCCAUUCCCCCCGGGGCAGCCGCAAGCCGUCCCCGAGCCCCACGGGUUCUCGCAGGUCGAGCCCCCCCUCCCCCAGGGUGCAGGAGGCCCCGCACCAUCACCCCCUCCUGCCCGUGCCGAGGACCAACUCCUUCUCCCACCGCUCGAUCCCUCACACGCCGCACCCGAAGGCCCGAACCAACUCCUUCAACAUCCCCAACUCCUCCUCGUCCCCGAGGGCCUCGUGCUCCCCUGCAAAGGCGUCCUCGAGGGCGUCCUGCUCCCCGCUCCCUUCCAGCAGCCCCAGCAUGUCCCCCAGCGCCUCCAGCCCCUCCCUCAGCCCCAGCACCAGCAGGUCGGAGAGCUCGUCCUCCGUCAGCGACACCACGGACGAAGACCCGCCGCUCCCCAAGCUUCCCCACGGGGGAUGCCGACCCAAAAUCCGGGUCUCCUCGGAGGACGACGACAGCGUGGAGCCCUCGCCGCCCGCCGGGGACGAGGGCGGCGACAAGGGCAGUGCCGGGGGCGAGAAGAAGGCCCAAAUCGCCCGGGAGCCUCGGGUGCUGCCCUACCGGAUCGAGGAGGGCUGGGAGCUGCGCCAUUCCACCGACACCGUAGCCAAGCACAGGAAGACGUGCCAGAGCUGCAAGUGUACCAGGGAACUCCACGACGUCUACCACGAGGAUUGGGUCAACGUGAGGGAGCGACUUGGCCUCGGCGAUUCCCUCGGACGCAGCAGCCGAGAGUUGUGCCUUCAGGAGGGCUACACGUGGGUGCCACCUGGCCUCACCAGCGAGCAGAUCUAUGACUAUAUGAGCUGCCUGCCGGGCCACAAGGUUCCCCGGCUCGGCACACCCGGAGAGAAGUCGCGAGAGAGGCAGUUGAUGUUGCAGCUGCCCAAGCAGGACCUGGCGCUGGACUACACGCGUCACGUUGAGCCACAGUUCCAUACUUCCUUCAAGGAUUUUGUGGCUGCUAGGAACGAUAUUGCACUGGAUAUCGGCAUUAUUAAGCCCCACAUUCCACAUGAUAUUGAGUGCCGAGGUUGCGGAGGCGUGGUGACCAAGGGCAGCGUCGGAGUGGUGGCACCCCGUUUCGGCGAGGAGGCGGCGUGGCAUCCGGCGUGCUUCGUGUGCGGCACUUGCAACGAACUGCUAGUGGACCUCGUGUACUGCGUGUGGGAGGACACCAUCCACUGCGCGCGCCACUACGCCGAGAAGCUCAAGCCGCGCUGUUCCGCUUGUGACGAGCUCAUUUUCAGCGGGGAGUACACCAAAGCCAUGUCAAAGGACUGGCAUUCGGGCCACUUCUGUUGCUGGCAGUGCGACGAGUCCCUCACUGGGCAGCGCUACGUCCUGAAGGAUGACCAUCCCUACUGCAUCAAGUGCUACGAGGCGGUCUUCGCUAACACCUGUGAGGACUGUAACACUACUAUCGGCAUCGACUCCAAGGAUUUGUCGUACAAGGACAAGCACUGGCAUGAGAAAUGUUUCCUGUGCAACAAGUGCCAGGUGUCCCUCGUGGACAAACAAUUUGGAUCCAAGAUGGACAAGAUAUUCUGUGGCCCUUGUUACGACUCCCAAUUCGCCACGCGUUGCGACGGCUGCGGAGAGAUCUUCAGGGCAG